GACAGUAGCAGUCCUUUUCCUCUCCAUCCUCCAGUCUGCCUGCUUUUUGUCUGACUGUCGGCUUUAACCGCAAAAGGUGAAUACAGCACCCAGUCAUGGAGACCGCUGUGGACGAGGGCUUUUGCUUUUACCCUCGCGGGAGACGCACAAACUCACCGAAUAAAUAAGGCGUCAAAGGACAAACACCGGCUUUCAGCGGAAAACGCAGCCGCUGCUGGUCAUCACAGUGACGCUCCUCUUCCUCCUCCUCCUCUUCCUCCUCUUCUGCCUUUUCAAUGAGCACGUCUUGAAAAGCAGAUGCCCUGCUCGGGAAGUUACGGAGAAAGCACGGAUAAAUCCUGCAAGUCUAAAAAUUUCAAGAAGCGCUCUCACCCGAAGGAUUUUUCCUCCCUGAGCCAGCUCUUCUAUGACCUUAUCAACAAACUCUUCAGCUCAUCUAAGAAGGAAUCUUCACUACUCAGACCAGGACUUCUAAGAAAUGAGCUACCAAUGAAUCACCUUCAAGGCAAUCUAUCUUCUCUACUUGGCUUGGAGGUCUUCUAGAGGGUUGGACCUCCUCGCUGUCAUGAAAGGACUGGGGACCAGUCGUAACAGACACCUGUCUGAUUCCUGUGACCCCUCCACUGGCCACCCAGAGGCCUUCUACCCUCAGAAGACCAGCACGCUGCCACGCAGCCCUUACCUUCUGAGCCCCACAAUGGACCACUAUGGAUCCAUGGACCCCCAUCUUUACCCUCCAACAAACCCAGGCUCCCUUCCAGCAGACUGCAUGUUGCCGCUCAACAACCAGCUAUCCAACAGCAGCACCUUUCCUGGGAUUCACUAUAAUUCCUAUGACCAGUCUGAUUUCUCUCCUCCUGGGGACAGUAUUGGGGGUAUAAGCACAGGGACCAUGGGGACAUCCAUGUCCAUGGGCAUGGUGCAAGGCAUGGGCAUGGUAGGGCUGAGUGGAAGAACACCUAUGAUAACAAGUGGAUCAGCAACUAUAUCACAUCAUAUGACCAAGAAUCAGGCACCACCUGGUAUAAUGGAAUUUGAUAAACAUCUUGCUGGAGGCCAUGAUGGAUUCAGCACUUUGCAGUUUCAUCGAACAUCUGCUGUCGCUGCUGCCAAGCAGCGGACUGACAGUCCAGGUCGCAUUCGUUACAUGCUGCACUCAGUGCAGAAGCUCUUUGCAAAGUCCCAGUCACUGGAGGGCCACCACAUGAAAGGAAAUGUCAACGGACGCUCUACAGGCAGCGGUGGAGGCUCAUCUGGCACUGAGGAUGGAGGGAAGCAUAAUCGAAGAUCCAAAAGUAAAGAUCGGGGUACAAAAUCAGAGGCAACUGCUAAAAGACGGCCACGAUCCAACAUGUCAGGUUACUGGAGUUCAGAUGAUUUGGACAGCAGUGAUUUGAGCAGCUACCACAACACCAUGGCCAUGAUGACUCUGGGGCGUCCAACUGGCCAUGAUAGCCAGGGUGGCCAGAGCCGAUACAUCCACAGUGGCUACAACACGAUUAGCUCUUCUAAAAGCAGCAGUGAGAUGAAGUACCAGGCACUUCCUGGGCCUGGGGGUGGAGGAGGUGGUGGACUAAGUGGAACAGGGGGCAUGUUAAUGAAUGAUAAUGACUAUAUGAAAGGAGGGUCUUGGUCCACACUGACUAUGGGCCAGCCAAGACAAGUGAUCCAGAAGGGCUCGGCUACUCUGGACAGGUCAAUGCUGAAGUCCAAGUCCUGCCAACAAGAACUAACCUGCAACUACCUGCAGGUUGGACGAAGGGGUGAUUGGAGCAGCACAUUAGGCCGCAGUGGGGGUGCCAAUGAAAUUCCAUGUCGACGGAUGCGCAGUGGUAGCUAUGUGAAGGCCAUGGGAGACAUGGAGGACAGCGACGACUCUGAGGGAAGCCCCAAACCCUCGCCCAAAACUGCUGCUCGCCGCCAGAGCUACCUCAGGGCCACCCAGCAGUCUCUGAGUGACCAGCUACCCCCACGCAACAGAACCCUGGAAUACACCUUGUUGCAGGGGGAGCUGGAUGCUCUGUGGUCUCCACUCCACAGUGUGUCCUCUCUGCACCAGCUGAGCAGGUCAAUGAGCAGCUGUCUUCCAUCUCUCAGAGAGCUGUCUAAUAAUCGCAGCCUGGAUAAUCUGGAUUGUAUCGGAGAAACGGGGCCUUUGGCCCCAUGGGAUGAAGAUGACUUCAGCCAAGCAUGCAGCACCUUGGGAAGACGCAUGGGUCAGUUGCGAGACCUGGAAAGGAGUCACCACUAUGAAGACCGCAGUUCAGAGUCUACCUACAGAGAUUCCCGUUCCCAUUCUCAGGAUAAUUCAGAGCCUCCAGAUCUGCCCAUGCCAACCUGCUUCCGGUCCCGCAGCCAUAGCUACCUGAGAGCCAUUCAGGCCGGUUGCUCCCAAGACGACGACACAGCAUCCAUCGACUCAGGCUGCUCUCCGCCUCCUGAUUCUACCGUUCGCACAUACAACGCCAACACUGUCUCUUCAUGUAUAACCACCUGUAAGAAGGCUGCUCCUCCUCCAGUGCCACCACGCACUACCUCCAAGCCCUACAUCUCUGUGACGGUACAGAGCAGCACAGAGUCGGCGCAGGACAACUACUUGGACCAGCAGGACAGGAGGUCAGAUGUUAACAGCCAGUCAAGCCACGCUCACAGCAAUUCGUCUGACAGCCUCGACAGCACCCGUGCCAACAGCCUGGCCCGGGGUAUUCCCCGCCCUCCGCACAUCAUCCCCAUUCCCUUCGCUACCCCAAGAGAGCCGAUCAUACCCAGUACAGCCAAUGCUUCCACUGAGACGAGUGACUCAGUAGUCCAAAAUGAAUCUCUGAAAUUGGGAUCUAAUAAAGGGAAUCUUGUAGCAGAGGAGCCCUUCGUAGCCCCAGUACCCAGACGGAAACUUUCCUCCAUUGGCAUACAGGUUGACUGUAUUCAGGAAGUCCCACGAGAAGAGACCCCGCCACUGGCCAGAUUUCAGUCAAUUGGAGUGCAGGUGGAGGACGGGUGGCAGCUCAGUCGCUCCAGUAGUAUGGCCUCAAAACAAGAAACAGACUCAGACACACAGGACAUCUCUGUCAUCUCCCAUAUCAUUAAUGCCAAACCCUUUGAGAAGAAAGUCAUGGUCAACAGUGCCAGCCAAUCCAUGAGCUCCCCUCCUGGACAAGACUCUUUAGACAACGGAGACCCCACAGGCGACACAUCAUCCCCUCCACCACCCAGGCAAAUCCUCAACCGCUCCACCACACGAAGCAGCUCCUCCUCUUUCUCAGAAAGUCUGGACCCAGCACUGGACCCCUCGUCUCUGCCGCCUCCAGACCCUUGGCUUGACAGCGGGAAUGUGAAUAAUAGCAGCGUCCCACAGAUGGGAGGAGCAGGAACACUGUGUCGGAGAGACGGCCACUGGUUCCUCAAGCUGCUGCAGGCCGAGACGGGACGAAUGGAAGGCUGGUGCCAGCAGAUGGAGCAGGAAACCAAAGACAACCAGCUCUCAGAGGAGGUGCUGGGGAAAGUUCGCAGUGCAGUAGGAAGUGCGCAGCUCCUAAUGUCUCAGAAGUUCCAGCAGUUCCGGGGACUGUGUGAACAAAACUUGAAUACGAAUGCCAACCCACGGCCCACAGCCCAGGACCUGGCUGGUUUCUGGGACCUGCUGCAGCUCUCCAUCGAGGACAUCAGCCUCAAGUUUGAUGAGCUCUACCAUCUCAAGUCCAAUGACUGGCAGCCCGUACCAUCUGCAGCUGCCCAGUCGUCCCCUGAGCGGAAGCAGGACGAGGAGAAGGCGGCCCCUCCGGCGUCAAAGAAGCCUGGUAAAGGACGACCAUCGCUCGGCCGUGAAAAGAGCGCAGACUCUUCAUCCACCUCUUCAUCCGCCUCGGCUGAAAAGCAGAAACAGGAGGCUCGCAAGCGCCUGCUGGCUGCCAAGAAGGCCGCCUCAUUUCGCCAGAACUCCGCCACAGAGAGCGCAGACAGCAUUGAAAUUUAUGUCCCCGAGGCCCAGACUCGCCUCUGAGAGAAAUGAUGAAGGGGGAGGUCAUGGAACCGAAAAGUGUCAGUAAAACAUCUGGAUGAACAGGAGAGUGAUUCUUUUUUUUUUUUUUUUGGUAACGCAAAUGAGCUUCCUCAGGAAAGAUGGAUGAUGGGGAGGAAAAUGUCCAGUGGAUGGGAUUUACGAAGUUUUAACAUUUAAAGUUAUAGGCUGGGCUCGCUGGAAGCAGACAGUGUUGACUUUUGGCGGACUCAACAGAUGAUGAAGCGGGAGACUCCCUGCCAAUGAAGACCUCAGCUGAUGAACUUUGUCCUUUCUUCAACUAUUCUUAUAUCAUUAAAAAUUCUUAAAGUAUUAUUAUGACAAUUAUAGGAUAAAGAAUCUAUAUGGAGACUGUUUUAAAAGUUAUUUUAUCUUGGCUAUAAGAUUUAUUAGGCAGACAGAAGGUAAGCAUUACUCUUCUGUCUCACUUUAUUGCUCUCUUCCCAGGUUCACUGGCCAUCUUGUAGCUUUGCACAACACCACCUUGUGGCCAUCAUGCACACUGCACACACAUCACAAAUCCAUCUGUAUAUGUCUUCCUUGUAUUGAUUUUCUUUCUUCAUCCUUUUAUUUAUGUACAGAUCCAUUUAGAUCAGGCUUUUCUGAAUGUUUUUGGUUUGGUUGAAUUAAAAGUUUUUAGUUUCUAGCCAUUAA